GCCUGGGAGACAGAGCAAGACUCCAUCUCAAAACAAAAGAAAAAAAAGAAAGACAUGCUAUGUUAUUUUCAGCAUUGGGAAGUGGAAUAUACUUAAAAAGAGAAAUAUGACAUGAGGAAUUCAAGAUUUACUCUCCAGUUUAGAAGAAAUGCAAGCCUUUUACAGCGUUUUUCUGUUAAAACAACUGGAGAGAAUUUUUCAAAGGCAAAUAUUUCACAACCCUUUUUUCCUCUGUACUCAGUAGGAAGUGAGAAGUCAACACCUCUCCAUCAGUAUCAUGGAUGCAGCAAUACAUUCUUGGGAUAGGUUGUUGAACUCAAGUAACUUCUAGCCUGACUUCUAGGAAAAUUUCUGUUUCACACACACACACACACACACACACACACACACACACACACACACAUAUUUCUUGGAUGACCUGGGUUUUAUGUUGCAUUUUUCUUCAUAUAAAUUGUGCCACAUCUAUCUUGUCUAGUGUCCAAAACAUAAUCACGGAAAAGAAGGACUUGGUUGCCAUGGUUUGUGAUUUGUCAAUGAUAAACACCUCCAAAUCUUGAUUUUUCUAGAAAAAUAAAAAUAGCAUUAAAUCAAAGGUAUAAAGAAGUAUAAUUCGAAGGUAUAAUUCAAAGGUAUGUUUCUCAAAAAUAAAUGGAACUUGUGAAAACAAAUAAGUACCUGAAAUAUGUUAUUUUUUGCCACAGUGAAUCUGGGCAGAGGAAACUAGGACUUUAUGAGGAAGGCAACACCUUUAAAUCUGCUGUCCUGGUUUAACUAUUUUGAUUUCUCCUUGGAAAGUUCACUCUACUGCAUAUAAUGAUUUGUGUCUUUGUGGACUAAAAUUUUUGUAUUGCUUUUUUCUAUACCCCAUUUCUCUUCUUACUGCCCACUAUCCCAUGCAUACACAUGCCCACACCACCACCACCAACCAGCAAACUAGGUAUGAGGUAUACACGUCAGUAAUUUUCAUCCUAUAACACAGCUUCUUGUAUUUUGAUUACAAACAAUCUGUACCUAUUGCAUUUUCAUUUGAGUUCAACAUUUUUAAAUGUGAGGGUUAGAGACAUAUUCUGGGUUUGUCCCAUUGACAGUUAUAGAGACUUUCUAUAACAUAAUAUUGAUUAUUCUUCCAUUAGAAUUGCUUGGCUUUUGAGCUACAUCAAGAGGGCAGAAUGUUUUUAAAUGUUUAUAUGUAAUUCCAUGCACUGUGGGUUUUUCAGGUGCUGGUUACCCAGAAUGAGGGUUAACCAAGUUCUCAUUCCUCUGGUUGACCGCUCCAGCCGUUUCAUCACACGUCAACAAUCCAACCAAGUAUAAAUGAAACUCAAACCAGACAAUACCAUUCUGUAUUAGGAACUACAAUUAUUAUUCUAAUUUUUUUUUUAAAUUUUCAGUUUUAAGCCUAAUUGCCAGCAUCCAGUGUAGCUUCUCCCCUGGGAGUCCAGUUCCCAUUCUUUAUUACCAGGUAACCAGUACUUAGCUUUAAUUCUGACUCUUGCAGGCAACAUUUUAUCUAGGAAUUUUAGAGAAAUUGGACAUAGAUAUCGACACACUUUACAGAAGAGAAGUCUGAGAAACACUCCUGCCUGGUGACUUGCUGAUGUUAGGUUUAUAGUUAACCAUAAGUGGGUAAACAGUUUGCUGAUAGUCAUACAGGGAGAAAGUCCCAUGGCUCCAUGCCUUGAGUUUCAGGGUGAGGACAGAGGCCAGGAAAUCUGUUGUUUAUAUCCCUUACUAUCCUUGUACUAAUGUUUGUGCCACAGUGCAAAGAGGACUCACAACAUGCACCAUUUUUAUGCCUAAGUAACGCAUAGAAACUCUACCUCUUCUUCUCUUGAGGUAUUAUCUGCAACUCUUGCUUAUCUGUUUUAUUGUCUGUAACACUGAGAUUAGUGAGAGCUUUUCUUCAGGAGAAAAGUCUCUACAUUAGACUCGUGUUCAGAGAUGGGGCUUGUUUUUGUUUUGUGUGUUCGUUUGGGGCAUUUGUCUUCCUACUAUUCCAUGAACGGGGUUGGAGGAAAUGGAGAGAAGGUUGUUGUCAGGACAUGCGAUGUGAGCUGAAAUUGCUCAUCCGCUGCACAGGGUGUGCCGAGGCGGCUGCUCCCAGGCCUGCCCACGCACCAGUGCUGCACGCUCAUUUAGCCGGAGACCUCUUUUGCUGUUUCACAUUUUGAACAGAUACAACAGAGGAAGCUGCAUAUUGAAUGUUGGAGCUGACUUAGAAAUGAAACCCUCAUUUCGUUCACAAGGAAAGGAUUGUUUUUAGCCUGGGUCACUGCUGCAGAGAGAGAUUUUUUUUCCCUCUCUCUGUAAUGUUUGAUACUUGAGGGAAAACAGCUGGGCCUGAGCAUGCUGACUCCCUGCAAAGUGCAAUGGGCUGUGGGGAAUAUGGACUGUACUGUAUGGCUGAAAGGUCAGCCUUUUCCCUUGUCUCUCUUGGAGGAAUGCAGGGUCUGUCCUCACAUUCGCCUUGUGAUCCCUUAGAAGGAGCCGGGAGAGGCGGAAGGGCUGGCUGCAAUGUGGCAGACAGUCUUAGCCAAUGGGAUAGAAGAGGCUGUUUGCAUCUCUUUCCCUUUCCUGCCCUGCUGUUUUUGAUUUUUGGGGGAGGGCUGGAAAAAGUCAACAGAAUUUUGGUUUGGAGAAGUAGUUGAUGACCACGUUAAACAGCAAGUCCUGAUGGGCCAGACAGAUGAGAGCCUGACCCAAACCACAGCAGUGAAACUGGAAUGACAGGGCCAGCAUUGGAGGGAGAGUCCUGCCGGAGUCCUCCUAAAAGAGGACAAAGAAGUAAUUGAGACAGAUGCCCCCACAGGCCAGUGGAGGGCAAGGAUGUGUGUUUCGGUGCCUAGGACCUAAUUCUACCCCGAAUUAGACCUUAAGAUGUCAAGAGAACAAUCGGAUGAUGAGACCGAGGAGUCGGUGAAGUUUAAGAGGUUACACAAGCUGGUAAACUCCACUCGCAGAGUCAGAAAGAAACUAAUUAGGGUGGAAGAAAUGAAAAAACCCAGCACUGAAGGUGGGGAGGAGCACGUGUUCGAGAAUUCGCCGGUCCUGGAUGAACGGUCCGCCCUCUACUCUGGUGUGCACAAGAAGCCUUUUUUCUUUGAUGGCUCUCCUGAGAAACCUCCCGAAGAUGACUCAGACUCUCUCACCACGUCUCCAUCCUCCAGCAGCCUGGACACCUGGGGGGCUGGCCGGAAGUUGGUCAAAACUUUCAGCAAAGGAGAGAGUCGGGGCCUGAUUAAGCCCCCCAAGAAGAUGGGGACAUUCUUCUCCUACCCAGAAGAAGAAAAGGCCCAGAAAGUGUCCCGCUCCCUCACCGAGGGGGAGAUGAAGAAGAGUCUCGGGUCCCUGAGCCACGGGGUAAGUACGGAUGGUGUUUGCUUCUAUGACAACCACCGUCGCAGGCACCACCUUCUGGUGUCCCUGGAGGAGUUUCAGAGUGUCCGGAAGCAAAUCCGCUUGAAGAAAACGGAUACUAAUUAUUCCUGUUCUAGAGCUUUUCUCUGCCAGCGUCCCUCCAGAAAAGGCACCACCAGCACCACCUGUGACCUGCAGCUGCUCCGGCAGAAAGGCAAAGGGGGCGGGAGCUGUGGCUUCCCCGGCAGGAGGGUGCGGGGGCGCACCUCGGUCAGCGAGUUCAAUAUCACCUACGUGGUGGAGAGGAGCCUGUACAGCCACCUGAACCUGACCCAGCUAGUGCGGCCUGCCUCAGACAGGACCCUGAGCAAGGCUGAGAGACAGGACCUGAGGCGGUGCCUGCUGGAGGAGGAUGAGGAGGCAAAGAGGAAGUGGGCCGCCACGGUCGACCGCUGUACUAAAAGGGUUCUCUUGAGAAUCCACCAGAAGUCUAGAACCUGCAGUUUUGGAGGAUUUGACUUGACAAAUCGCUCUCUGCAUGUUGGCAGUAAUAAUUCUGACCCAAUGGGCAAAGAAGGAGACUUUGUGUACAAAGAAGUCAUCAAAUCACCUACUGCCUCUCGCAUCUCUCUUGGGAAAAAGGUGAAAUCAGUGAAAGAGACUAUGAGAAAGAGAAUGUCUAAAAAAUACAGCAGCUCUGUGUCUGAGCAGGAUUCGGGCCUCGAUGGAAUGCCUGGCUCCCCUCCGCCUUCACAGCCUGACCCCGAACACUUGGACAAGCCCAAGCUCAAGGCCGGGGGUUCUGUAGAAAGUCUUCGCAGUUCUCUGAGUGGGCAGAGCUCCAUGAGUGGUCAAACAGUGAGCACCACCGAUUCCUCAACCAGCAACCGGGAAAGCGUCAAGUCGGAAGAUGGGGAUGACGAAGAGCCGCCUUACCGAGGCCCAUUCUGCGGGCGUGCCAGGGUGCACACCGACUUCACCCCCAGUCCCUAUGACACAGACUCACUCAAGCUCAAGAAAGGAGACAUCAUUGAUAUCAUCAGCAAGCCGCCCAUGGGGACCUGGAUGGGGCUGCUGAACAAUAAAGUCGGCACAUUCAAGUUCAUCUACGUGGACGUGCUCAGCGAGGACGAGGAGAAGCCCAAGCGCCCCACCAGGAGGCGGCGGAAAGGAAGACCGCCCCAGCCCAAGUCUGUGGAGGAUCUCCUGGAUCGGAUUAACCUAAAAGAGCACAUGCCCACUUUCCUGUUCAAUGGAUAUGAAGAUUUGGACACCUUUAAGCUGCUGGAGGAAGAAGACUUGGAUGAGUUAAAUAUCAGGGACCCGGAACACAGAACUGUUCUCUUGACAGCGGUGGAGCUGUUACAAGAGUAUGACAGUAACAGCGACCAGUCAGGAUCCCAGGAGAAGCUGCUUGUUGACAGUCAGGGCCUAAGUGGAUGCUCACCCCGAGACUCAGGAUGCUACGAAAGCAGUGAGAACCUGGAAAACGGCAAGACUCGGAAAGCUAGCCUCCUAUCUGCCAAGUCAUCCGCCGAGCCCAACUUGAAGUCUUUUAGCAGAAACCAGUUGGGCAAUUACCCAACAUUGCCUUUUACGAAAUCAGGGGAUGCACUGAAGCAGGGACAGGAGGAGGGCAGGCUGGGUGGUGGCCUCGCCCCAGACACGUCCAAGAGCUGUGACCCACCUGGUGUGACUGGUUUGAAUAAAAACCGAAGAAGCCUCCCAGUUGCCAUCUGCCGGAGCUGUGAGACCCUCGAGGGCCCCCAGACUGUGGACACUUGGCCUCGAUCCCAUUCCCUGGAUGACCUCCAAGCAGAGCCUGGUGCUGAGCAAGACGUGCCUACCGAGGUGACAGAGCCGCCCCCUCAGAUUGUACCCAAAGUGCCACAGAAGAUGACUGCCUCUUCCACGAAGGCCCGGCCCCCGGAGCGAGACUCUGCUGUCGACAAUGCGUUGCUACUGACCCAAAGCAAGAGAUUUUCUGAACCUCAGAAAUUGACAACUAAGAAACUGGAGGGCUCAAUCGCAGCCUCUGGUCGCAGCCUGUCACCCCCUCAGUGUUUGCCCAGAAACUAUGAUGCUCAGCCUCCUGGAGCUAAACACGGUUUAGCAAGGACACCUCUGGAGGGCCACAGAAUAGGACAUGAGUUUGAAGGAACACACCAUCCCCUGGGCACCAAAGAAGGGGUAGAUGCUGAGCAGAGAGUCCCUGAGGCAAGAACGCAACCCAAAAUUCCAUCACAGCCUCCACCUGUUCCUGCCAAAAAGAGCAGAGAACGCCUUGCUAAUGGACUCCAUCCUGUUCCCAUGGGCCCCGGUGGGACCCUCCCCAGUCCCGAUGCGCCUUGCCUGCCAGUGAAAAGGGGCAGCCCCACCAGCCCCACCAUCCCUAGCGACUGUCCCCCAGCACUGGCUCCCAGGCCUCUCUCAGGGCAGGCGCCUGGCAGCCCACCAAGCACAAGGCCGCCCCCCUGGCUCUCAGAGCUCCCCGAGAACACAAGCCUCCAGGAGCAUGGUGUGAAGCUGGGCCCGGCUUUGACCAGGAAGGUCUCUUGUGCCCGGGGAGUGGAUCUGGAAAUGCUUACUGAAAACAAGCUGCAUGCCGAAGGCAUCGAUCUCACGGAGGAGCCGUAUUCUGAUAAGCAUGGCCGCUGUGGGAUUCCUGAAGCCCUGGUGCAGAGAUAUGCAGAGGACUUGGAUCAGCCUGAGAGGGACGUCGCCAUCAACAUGGACCAGAUCCGGGUGAAGCAGCUUCGGAAGCAGCACCGCAUGGCGAUUCCAAGUGGUGGACUCACGGAAAUCUGCCGAAAGCCCGUCUCUCCUGGAUGCAUUUCGUCUGUGUCAGAUUGGCUCAUUUCCAUCGGUCUGCCCAUGUAUGCCAGCACCCUCUCCACCGCGGGCUUCAGCACACUGAGCCAGGUGCCUUCUCUGUCCCACACUUGCCUUCAGGAGGCCGGCAUCACAGAGGAGAGACACAUAAGAAAGCUCCUAUCUGCAGCCAGACUCUUCAAACUGCCGCCAGGCCCCGAGGCCAUGUAGCCAGGCCCAGAAUGGGCUUCUCUGGACAAGAGCCACCCUUUCACUGUGCAUAUGAUGCUGAUGCAAUUCCUCCAUCUCUGGACGUGCAGACCAGAUCCAGAAGAAAAGCCUGGCGUGUGGCCAAACAGCGUGAAACCUUGGCACAGGACUGAGGAUCCUCUCCUCCAGAAAAGCCCCCUCAAGGAAAUUAGUGCGGUUCUCUUUGACCUCCAAAGACAAGACAAGCACUUAUUUUUAUUUUCAGAAGACAAAAGAACCAAGAUGCCAACUGGCUGCGAAUGCUGUGUCUCCAGUCUGUCUCUGUGUGCUGGUAGAGGCUGGGAGGAGUGGGGGCAGCCUGUUCCAUUGCUGAUAGUACCCUUGCCCUUCUGUCUGUCAUCUUGCAGGAUACCCGAGGGCCAGACGGGCUUAGCUAGGCCAAAGGAACAGACUUGAGAGUUAUUGUACAUUACUGACCGUGCUCAUUUGUUCAAAGUUAGAACAUCUGGCUGCACCAGGAAAAAAAAGUCCUGUUCUUCUUCAGAUAAACAAGAGACAUUUUCAUAAUUGCUUUCUAGCAAUCAGCUUUUAUUUGCCUUAAUGUAAGCUUUUAAGCAGUUAUCUAACUAGUGUCCACAACCCUGUAACCAUAGUAGUUCCACAUCUUCAGCUUCAGCGGACAUCUAACCUCUCUGGGACGUUUUCAGCAAAAGUGGGCUUUUCUAAUCGUCUCAUUUUAACAUGGCUUAUUUUGUAGAGGUAUUCAUCAGCCACACACUUCAUGUUGGUUUUUGGUUUUUAAGCUAACUACAAAUCUAGUACAAAACUAUCUGAAAUUCACAAAGAUAUCAUGUGUGUGUGCGUGCAUGCAUGCGUGCGUGUGUCUGUAUUCAUAGUAACUGCUUUUUGUUUUAACCAGUUUAGUAUCGUUACCAUUACCGUGUGAGUCGUUGUGCUGCAGUAUUGACUUGGAAUCCUGACCAUGUCCAUCCCAAAAUUCAGUCCUCAGUUAACGGAUCAUCUUUGCAAAAGGUCACUGUGAGGUUGCAUACUUCAGAAAGAUGUUCUUAAAAAGGGAAGUCAUUCAUAAGAUGUUUUCUAAGUCUUUUCAGUAUUACAACUAAUACUAUUAUCCUUUUUUAAUUUAGAUAAUUCUUUUAAUUUAAACAAAGGUUCAGUAUGGAGCCAGACAAACCACAUUAGCCAUGUGUUAAGUAUUUGCUACUUUAAAUUGUUUUACAACUGAUUUCAGCACAUUCUAUCUUCUUUUUUUUUUUUUUAGAUGGAGUUUCGCUCUUGUUGCCCAGGCUGGAGUGCAGUGGCACAAUCUUGGCUCCCUGCAACCUCAGUCUCCCAGGUUCAAGUGAUUCUCCUGCCUCAGCCUCCCAAAUAGCUGGGAUUACAGGCACCCACAACCAUGCCCAGCUAAUUUUUGUAUUAUUAGUAGAUAUGGGGUUUCACCAUGUUGGCCAGGCUGGUCUUGAACUCCUGACUUCAGGUGGUCCACUCGCCUCGGCCUCCCAAAGUGCUGGGAUUACAGGUGGGAGCCACCACGCCUGGCCUCUAUCCUCUUUUAGUCUAGUGUCUGGUUUUCUAGCAAACAGUAAAUUUUAACAAACUAUUAAGGUUUCCAUUGCUUACAAACUGAUUUUCCUUCACAUUCUUAUCAUGAACACUAUUUUAAGCAUCAAAUGCGAUCAUCUAAAAUAUAAAGGGCAAUCAUUUAUAAUAUAAACACCUUGACCACAAGCCCUUGAUUGAAAGUUUUAUAAUAUUUCAUCUAUGUAUUAAAACAAAUAAUUUCCCUUGGGUUGGAGGGGAAGUGGUUUCAUAAAUUAGCCAUCUUUAGCAUGUUGCUUAUGUCUGGAUCCAUGUUUCUGAGAGAAAAGACAUUCUCAGGUGAUGUAUUUUUUUCAUGCAUUAGUAUACAUUUUUAAAAAAGAAUGCAUGUUUCUUUAAUAAUUUUCAUCUUCUAUAAGAUGCCAUGUGAAGAAGUUGUGGAAAUGUAGAAUAAAAAGCUAAAGCUGCCAAAUUUCUAUUGAACUCUUAAAAACGGCUCAUGUUUGUCCUUUCGGGUUGUGGCCUAGCCUAUUUGCAAUGUAAGAAGCUGCAGGGUUCUCGUAUAGCUAAAGCGUUCAAUGCAUUUCACAUGCUGUGGUGGAGGCGGGUGCUGUAGACAGGCUUCUCUUCCUGCUCUCAAAAUACCUCGGCUUGACAUUUGGACAGAUCCUGUCAUUGUUUAAGCUGAGCAAAAAAACACACAAAAGUUGUGUGAGAGAUAACAAAGGAGAGGGAGAAAUCUCAUGUGAUUUUCCAAGUUUUAAUUCGUUCUCAAUGAAGGAUUUUCAUUUAAGUGAAAGUCACAGCGGAAGAGGGAACUUUCUGGAGUUUUUGAGAAUGCCAAACCAUAUUUUUAUCACUCUUCUUUGGAAAUCAAUGCCUUUGCAUAGAAAAUCAAAUUCAGGGACCACAAAGAAUUUUCAGUGGGAAUGUCUAGUCUGAGGGGUCUGAGGUUGUUUUUACUUUAUUGUGGUGUUUAAAUAUUUUAAAAAUAUAUUUAGCGUUUGGUCUUUUUUUUUUUCUUUAAACAUUUAAUUUGGUCUGAGAAAAGCUGAAUGUUUGGGUGUGACGUUUGACUGAGGUGGAUUGAGGCUGCCUGUGGACGUUAGUGAACAGGUGGUAGGCUUCAGCAAUAUCCAGUUUUAAUCAGUUGCAUUUGGUACAGAAUUUUGAGUAAUGGUGAAAAUUGUUGUCUUUGGAAAGCACAAAAGAAACCUGGAAAGGCAGUUCGGCUCAGGUAGCUACACAUGACAUUGUGUAUGAUUUUCACUUCAAAGCUGUCUGGAAGGAAAUGCAGCCAGCUCCAACUAGUACUAUUUACGUACCCAGAUAACUAAGAUAUUGUUUCAUGGCCUUGCCUUAGUUAGAGGCCCUUUUCUCUGUCCUGAACCCCCAGGUAUGGGUGAAAUUGGAAAUUACUAAUCUAUUGGAAAUCAGUUCCUGACAUAGUAAAGUUUGCUUUCAUAACUGCAGCAAAAGAGGUCAACUCACCAAGUCACUGCUGCCAUGUGUGUACUGUAUUAUUUUCAGAAAAAAAUAUAAUAGUCUGAGUCCAAGUUAUCUUGAUUUAAAAUUGAUAGAGAAAAGAAACUGUCGAGCAAGUUAUAUAACAACUAACAACAUUGCACUUUCUGUAUAUGAAAUCAAUAUUUAAAUAACUUAUUUUUCUCCAUUGCUGUUCUUAAAAACAUUGUAAGUAGUUGUAAUAUACCAGUACCAAUAUGUUCUUGCAAUUGCUUCAGCCCAAGAAAGCUGUGUAUUGUUUUAAAAAUUGUAAAAAUUAUUGUGAUGAUUCAUUUAGCAUAAAGAGAGGUGGACAGAAGGGUUUUCCUAUGUAUCAAAACUUGUCUAUAAUUAUGUCAUCUAUGUACCUAGAAAAAAAGUAAAUAAAUUUCUUCAGUUGAAUAUG